AUUUUCACAACUCAUUUUCAUUAGGCCUUAACAGACACCAUGGAGUUGGUGCUUUGUUGGAAUGUAUUGAUUUUUGUGACGAUUACCAUAUGCUCUCUUGUGAACGGUGCUCCAUCUGAGCUUAAGUGCUCGGACAGUAACUUAAGUAUUAGGGGAGGCAAAUUCACUCUUUCUAACGAAUCCAAUGAUGGCAGUAUCCUGAGAUACCGAUGUCCGGAGGGUUAUUACCCAUAUCCUGUAAAAAAACGCAAAUGUUCCAGAGGCAAGUGGAAUCCUGUGCCCUCCAGAAAACCAGCAGAGUGCAAGAAGAUCACAUGUCCUAAUCCAAGAGUUCUGGACAAUGGAGACGUGGAACCCUAUCAGACGCUUUACUAUGUGAAUGACACAACCUCCUACACAUGUCACUCUGAUUAUUCGUUGCGGGGAUCAUCUACACGUAUUUGUCAGCUCAACGGCAAGUGGAAUGGCAGUACGCCCAUUUGUAGUCGUGACACUCACCACUGCCCUGAUCCAGGCACUCCUCCUGGUGCCAGCAGAACAGGCCACAUCUUUGACAUUGAUGACACUGUCUCCUACCGCUGUGAUAACAAGCUGAAGCUGCUGGGAUCCAGAGAGCGUGUGUGUCAGGAUGAUGGAACGUGGUCAGGGCAAGAGCCUGAGUGCUAUGCUGAUUUCACAUAUGACACCCCAGAAGAAGUUGCACAGGCUUUUGGAGGUACUCUAAAGAAUACUCUCACCACUUUAGAGGAUAAAGGUCAGGAAGGGAAGAAAAUCAGACUGGAACAGAAAGGAAAGCUCAACAUCUACAUCGCCCUGGAUGCAUCAGACAGCAUAGAUGAAGAAGAUUUUGAAGAUGCAAAGGAGAUCAUGAUAAAGCUCAUUGACAAUAUCAGAUACUAUGAGGUUUUUCCAAAUUAUGACAUCCUUAUUUUUGCCACACAUGUGACAAAAAUAGUUAACAUUACUGAUAAAUACGGGAAAGAAAAAGAUGAAGAGAAAAAGUUGGAUGAAACAAUCCAGCAACUGAAGUCCUUUAAAUAUGAUGCUAAAGGGGACAAAUCAGGAACAAAUAUUGCCAGAGCCUAUCAAGAUAUUUUGGAAAGCAUAAGUUUGGUGAAGGCUAUGAAUAACACACUCUUCAAAGAAACCCAGCAUGUCAUAAUUAUGUUCACUGAUGGUAUUGCUAAUAUGGGAGGGGACCCAACUCACAAGAUUAAUGAAAUUAAACAAACUGUGUAUGAUGGAGAAGAAACAACCCGUGAACCAUAUCUUGAUCUGUAUGUGUUUGGAGUGGGUGAGGAUGCAGAGGAAGUGAGAGAGAAUGUCAAUGAGUGGGUGACAAAGAGAGACAAAGAAAAGCAUAUCUUCUUACUGGAGGACAUGAAAAAUAUGCAAGAAACGCUGGACGAAAUGAUCGAUGAAAGCACUAGUGUGGGUCUGUGUGGACUCUUCAAAACUUACGAUAAAAAACAUGAAAACUAUGAUCACACAGCAUACCCCUGGAUGACAAAGUUCUCUUUUAACCGUGAUGGCAAAUUCUCAAACUGCUUAGGAUCACUGGUGACUCCAACCUUUAUUCUAACUGCAGCUCACUGCUUCAAGUUUGAUGAUGAACCUGGGAGUAUUCAUUUUGAGAUACCUACAAAUGUAAAAGCAAAGAAUAUCCUGCCUCAUCCUAAGUACAAACUCAAAGACAAAGUAUCUGAGGGAAUAUCAGAGUACUAUGUAUAUGAUGUGGCUCUUAUUGAACUGGAAAGACCUGUAAAAGUGAGCGUCGAUAUGAGACCCAUUUGCAUUCCCUGCACCAAGGAGACGAGCGGCGCUCUAAGAUUGACUGGUGGUGGUGUGACAUGUCAAAAACACAAGGAUACACUGCUGAAUAAGGAGUUGGAAGACGCAUUUUUCAUGGCAUCUAAACCAAUAGAAAAUGAUAUUAAUAAAAAGGUUCAUCCAAAACAAGAAGUCCAGAUCAAACUAAAGAAAAAGACUGGCCAAUGCAUUGAUGAAGUCAAAACGUCUUUAAAUAUUUCUGCUGAGACUGCAAGGGACUAUAUUACAGGCAAUUUUCUGUGUACUGGAGGAAAAGAAAAGAAGCAUGUGGACAAGAUUUCUUGCAAAGGUGAUUCUGGCGGUGCCACAUUUAUGCAGCAAACCUACCGUGCUAUCCAGGUUGGAGUUGUCAGCUGGGGACUGAAAGAUGUGUGUGAAGUUGAAAAACCCGUAAACACCAGAGAUUUCCAUGUAGACCUCUUCAAUCCAGAGGUGCAGAAAUUUCUUAAAGAAUACCUGGGUGAUGAAACAAGAAAGUUCAAUGUUGCCCUACAUUUUUUGUAAAGAAGGAAGAGUCAAUAAUUUUCUCCUGUAAACAUGUUAUUUGACCUUUUUUUCUAAUACCUUUAUGUCAGUUUCUGAUCACUGUUUAUGUAACUUUUUUUUUUUUUACUAUAUACCACAAUAAAAGCAUUUUGAAUGUUUUGUAUUAAUUUGGAUUAUUAAUCUACAUUAAUCUAUAUUACUUGAAAGAAGAAAGGUCAAAUGAUUUUCUCCUGUAAACAUGUUAUUUGACCUAUUCCUAAUACCUUUAUGUACCUUUUAACUUUUUUAACUUUGUCACAAUAAAAGCAUUUUGAAUA